AUGGCGGGGGGCGAGGCCCACAAGAAGCCCAGCGUCGCGGCCAGUGUGCUGGCGCAGCGCUCGGUGAGGCCCGGCCAGGCGAAGACGAAGCGGAAAGCAACAGUGAGCUACAAGAACCAGAUACGAUCAGUGGAGCGGCUCCUCUCAAAGUUCGAGGUGGACCCCAAACUGCGCGCGCGGCAGGAGAAGAAGCUGGAAGAGCUGCGGGCCGCGGCCGCGGCUCACUCACGCGAGGAGCUGGAGCGCAAGUACGCGGUGCGCUACCACAAGGUCAACUUCUUUGAGCGUGUGAAGCUGGAGCGGCGCCUGCGCCAGCUGGAACAGCAGCUGGCGGCCGCUGGCGGGGCGGGCGAGGCCGCCACAGCGCUGACCGCCCAGCUGGAGCAGGCCCGCCGGGACCUGCAAUACGUGCUGCACUUUCCCAAGGGCGAGAAGUACGUGUCGGUGCUGAAGGACCCGGAGACGGAAGCGGACGCGGCCCGUGUGCAGGCGGAGCGUGCGCGCCUUCGGGCGCUGGUGGCCGCCGACCUCGCGCGCGCCGCGCUGCCGCCCGCGGAGCUGGCCGCCGCCGCGUCCGGCAGCGAGGGCGAGGGGGACGACUUCUUCCUGGACGAGGCGGUGGACCCCGAGCUGAGCGCGCCGGGCAGGGGAGUGGCGGUGGAGCCGGUGCGGCGCCAACCCCCGGCCCUCCUGGGGCCCCUGCCCAAGGAAAAGGAGAAACGGCAGGCGCGGGAGAGGGUAACCCUGCCGGCGAGGGGCGCCGAAGCUUCCACCCGCGAUGGCCGGGGCAGCGGGGCAAAGAGUCCCGCCGUUACAAGAGUACCCGGGCCCUCACCCAAGAUAAAUGAAAAGCAAGGCAAGCCGGCACUCCCAAGGAGGCCUGCGGCACUGCGGUUGCGAAUACCGGCCGAGCACACCGCACCGGCGCCCCAGCAGCGCGCGGCCCCCAAGCGCCCCCCUGUGCCCGUCGCUGUGGAGCCCCUGCGGACGCGGGCAGAGGGCGGCAGGAAACGGCGGAAGAAGUCUGCUUGA